AUCUUCCUCCUGACAAGAUGGCGGCAGAGUGUAGAGUGCUGUCUUACACCGUAUACAAGUGGAGCUCUUUCUCAUCCAGUUAUCUGCCUGAGAACAUUUUAGUCGAUAAACCCAGUGACCAGUCUUCACGAUGGUCUUCAGAGAGCAACUAUCCCCCACAGUUCCUGAUUUUAAAGUUGGAAAGGCCAGCCAUCAUUCAAAGCAUCACUUUUGGAAAAUAUGAGAAGACUCAUGUAUGCAACUUGAAGAAGUUCAAAGUUUUUGGUGGCAUGAAUGAAGAAAACAUGACAGAGCUUUUAUCUAGUGGGUUAAAGAAUGAUUAUAACAAAGAGACAUUUACGUUGAAGCAUAAAAUUGAUGAGCAGAUGUUCCCAUGCCGGUUUAUUAAAAUAGUGCCUCUCUUGUCCUGGGGGCCAAGCUUUAACUUUAGUAUUUGGUACGUUGAAAUAAAUGGCAUUGAUGAACCUGAUGUGGUGCAGCCCUGUCUUCACUGGUACAGUAAGUACCGUGAACAGGAAGCCAUUCGCCUAUGUCUGAAACACUUCAGACAGCACAACUACACAGAAGCUUUUGAGUCCUUGCAGAAGAAAACCAAAAUUGCUUUAGAACACCCGAUGUUAACAGAACUUCAUGACAAGCUGGUUCUCAAAGGAGACUUUGAUGGCAGUGAGGAGCUGAUUGAAAAGGCUGUGAAUGAUGGUCUUUUCAGCCAGUAUAUCAGUCAACAGGAAUACAAACCACAGUGGAACCAGAUAAUUCCCAAAAGCACUAAAGGUGAUACAGAAGAUAGCAGGCCAGGAAUGAGAGGUGGACAUCAGAUGGUCAUUGAUGUGGAGUCUGAGACUGUAUAUUUAUUUGGUGGCUGGGAUGGAACCCAGGACCUGGCUGACUUCUGGGCUUACAGUGUCCGAGACAACCAUUGGAUCUGCAUAUCCAGAGAUACUGAAAAAGAGAACGGUCCAAGUGCCAGGUCAUGUCACAAGAUGUGCAUUGACACUCAACGCAGGCAGAUUUAUACACUGGGUAGAUAUCUGGAUUCCUCUGUAAGAAACAGCAAGUCAUUAAAAAGUGAUUUCUACCAAUAUGACAUUGACACAAACACAUGGUCGCUGCUAAGUGAGGAUACCUCUGCCGAUGGAGGACCUAAGCUUGUGUUUGAUCAUCAGAUGUGUAUGGAUUCAGAAAAGCACAUGAUCUACACUUUCGGAGGCCGCAUUUUGACAUGUAAUGGCAAUGUAGAUGACAGUAGGGCCACUGAGCCCCAGUUUAGUGGACUUUUUGCUUUUGAUUGCCAAACACAGACAUGGAAACUACUUAGAGAAGACUCUUGUAAUGCUGGACCAGAGGACAUUCAAUCCCGGAUAGGACACUGCAUGCUUUUCCACUCAAAAAAUCGAUGUUUGUAUGUAUUUGGAGGACAGAGAUCAAAGACAUACUUAAAUGACUUUUUUAGCUAUGAUGUGGACAAUGAUCAUGUGGAGAUCAUAUCAGAUGGUACCAAGAAAGACUCUGGCAUGGUCCCUAUGACUGGCUUCACCCAAAGGGCUACUAUAGACCCUGAGCUGAAUGAAAUUCACGUUUUGUCGGGUCUCAGUAAGGAUAAAGAGAAACGCGAGGAGAAUGUGAGGAACUCAUUUUGGAUCUAUGACAUUGUUCGGAAUAGCUGGUCUUGUGUCUACAAGAAUGAUCAAGCAUCAAAAGAAAAUCCAAACAAAAACCUUCAAGAAGAGGAACCUUGCCCAAGAUUUGCACACCAGUUAGUGUAUGAUGAAUUGCACAAGGUUCAUUAUCUGUUUGGAGGAAACCCAGGGAAGUCCUGCUCUCCAAAGAUGAGGUUGGAUGACUUCUGGUCAUUAAAGCUUUGCCGGCCUUCCAAAGAAUACUUGCUGAGACACUGUAAAUACCUAAUUCGGAAACACAGGUAUGAAGAACGUGCUCAAACGGAACCCCUCAGUGCACUCAAAUACUUGCAGAAUGAUUUAUUUGUCACGGUAGAUCACUCUGACCCUGAGGAAACUAAAGAGUUUCAGCUUCUCCCUUCUGCACUGUUCAAAACCAGCAAGGAUUUUACUCCGUUGGGCUUCUCUGAUGUUGAUCACACCUAUGCCCAGAGGACGCAGCUUUUUGAUUCUUUGGUUAACUUCUUCCCUGACAGUAUGACCCCUCCGAAAGGCAACCUGGUUGAUCUUAUUACAUUGUGAAGACGAUACUCUGGACUACAAAGACAAUAAAAUUUGAGUGACUUUUUCGUUUUUUUUAAUUGGCACUGUGGCUGUAUAGAUGAAAUGCAGUUGGUGCACAAAAGAGACAGCUUUGUGAAAUGUUGGUAGGUACCCCUCUCUAAAGAGAUCGUGCUGAUUGCCAGGAGCACUUGGCAGAAAGUUUCUUUUUGUUUUUUCCAUGCUGCCUUGGUGCAAACAUAUUUUUUUUUCUCCCAUUUUUAUAAAUUGGCAAAAGGGAUUAAUGUGUGGCCUUCAUUUCUAGAAGUAUUUUUUUUCUUUUAAUCCUAUUUGAAGUGUAGGGGUAAUAUGCAUAUGUUAUGGUAACAUAUAAAAACAAAGUUUAAUUAUGGGUGACCAGAAGUCAGUCACUCGCUGAAAGUAAUUAUCAGGGUCACACUGGCUAACCUCUUGUACAGCUUACUGUAUUCUCUGUAUAAAAAUGUGAAAUAUGAAUAUAGCUUUUUUCUUUAAUUGCUUUGCAACCUUCAUCAUUUAAACCCAAGGUUGCAAAGGUAAAAUGUGAGGCCACCUUAAUUGAUGUUGUGGGAUAUUGCAUUAGAAAACUAUAUAUGUAUUUAUUUGCGGUCAGAUCCAUUAAAUACAUACCAUUCUAUUGCUGUACAUCACAGAAAUGAGGGGGGUUAGGCACCAAAUGUAUUUGUGCACCGCACCGGCUUCUUUAUAAUCCAGCAGGGUUCUCAAACUGAAGUAUCUCUUAUAUAAAAGAGCACACGUUUAUAAGCAAAUUAGUUUGAUUUUUUUAUAGAUAUUUUUUUCUUUCUUAUUCAAUGGUUCUUUUAAAACCAGACUAUUGUGCUUUGCAUUUUCCAAGUGAAUUAUUGUGAAUGACAGCCUCUUUGAUGACAUCAUAGCUUGGAUGCACUGCAGUACUCUAAGACACUGACAAGUCUUUUAACUGAUUGUUUGCUAGCGUGUUUCAAACUGUAUUUUGCCUCCUUGUCAUUAAAGUUGAGCAAUCUUACUGCUCUAUAAUGAGAAAGCCAUGGAGUUCAUCAAUGAUGUCAUCAACAAAAGCAAAUUCACAAUUAAGCAGAUAAGUUGCCAACCAGCUUUUCGUAGACCCUUAGCAUCAACAUUUAUUAAAAAGAAUGGUAAGUUUGUAUAAUGAUACAUGGUUUUUAUUGCAACACUGUGCUCCUUGAUAUAAGAAGUACUUAUAUCGGGGUUCAAAUUGCCUUCAGUGUACAUUACAUGAUUUACUCUGUUGGACAUUCAAUUAUUCCCAUUAUUCGCAUUUAUCAUUGUAGUGGCCUCUAUGUUGUCACCAACGUUUUGUUCUGUCAUGUUUUGAAAUAUAUGGCAAAGUAAAUCUUGUCAUUGCCUA